UCUUUUGUGCAACCCAAAAAGCCUGCCAGUGUCAACCCCACUUCUUUGAAAAUUAAUAGAACUAUUCAUAAUCUCCACUUUCUUUGUUCUUUUUUCUAAUCCCGCUUCCUGUACAAGACUGCAACCACCACUGAACGCCCCAUGCUCUUAUAAACCUUAUACUAAAAAAGAAAAGAAAAUAUCAUGUUAUCUAAUUGCUACACAGGCAGUAGCCUUUCUUGUAUUCAUUUGCCAUCCCGCAUUUCCUCUUUCCCCAUAUAACUAAAAUAAUAUACCGUUUUGUUUGUCUACUAGUCUCUAAGAUCUUCGGUAGUUGCCAUCCAAAUCUAACUAUAUUCUCUUGUAGGUCUUUCUUUAUAAUUCUCAAGAAGAGUGAGAAAGAGAGAGAGAGAAAGCACUCAAGCAGGGUUUGGUUUCAGUUCUUGAUUGUAUAUUGCAGGAGCUGAAGAAUGCAAAUUUUUCAUUUGCUAGCAUCACUGUCUAUGCUUCUCUUCUUUAUUACUGUCAUACCAUUUGUUUCUUGCUCAUCUCAUGCAGAUGUGAGGGAUCACAAGCUAAGUCCUAAGAAGAAAUCUGAUGUUGCUCUUCAUGGGAUUCUCUUAUGGGUCUCCAUGGGAUUGUUAGGACCUCUUGGCAUACUCACUAUUAGAAUGUCACAUAAAGAGGAAGGUGGAAAAAGGAAAGUUAUCUUCUACCUCCAUCUAGUUUUGCAGGUAUUGUCAGUGCUACUUGCCACGGCUGGUGCUAUCAUGUCCAUAAAAUCCUUUGAAAAUUCAUUUGAUAACAAUCACCAAAGAAUAGGUCUAGCACUUUACGCUGCUGUUUGGGUGCAAGCUGUAAUUGGAUUUCUAAGACCUCUUAGAGGGAGUAAAAGAAGAAGCACAUGGUACUUUCUGCAUUGGUUACUUGGGACAGUAAUCUCUCUAGUCGGGAUCAUCAACAUCUACACAGGCUUAAAUGCAUACCACAAGAGAUUAUCAGGAAAUGCAAGGAUUUGGACUAUACUUUUCACAGCCCAAAUCUCUUUCAUGGCUUUCUUCUACCUUUUUCAAGACAAAUGGGAAUACAUACAAAAGCAAGGGGUGAUUUUAGGCAAUACUGAGCCCACCAAUCAAGUCAUUCCUCAGAGUGAUGCUCAAAAGGUGUUGGUGCCUGAAGCAUGUAGCAAGAGAAAUGCACUCAGAAAUUUGUUUGACUAGUUAAUUAGUAUGGGUCUAAUUAGUUAAUUCGUUUCAUAAUUUUCAACUUCUUACAAUUGCCUUGGCAUAUUUUAAAUCAUGGGUUUUGCUUAUAUACUUGAUCUUUCCGGUGCUUGCACUUCAUUGAUAUAUAUGGAAAUGUUAUAAAAGUCAUGUAUGAGAAAAAGAGAAAGAAAAAAGAGGAGGAUUGUGCCUUGUAAGCAUACUGUAUAUGACAUAUAUAUAUAUUUGAUGAAUGAAUAUAAAUAAUUGAUAUAUAAGA